UUUGGGGAGGUUAAGCGUUUCCUCUGAAAUUUGAACGUUUUUUCCUCAAGUGUUUGUUUACUUCUGUCCGGACCUGAUGAAUUCAUUAUUACUUCGGUCUCCGGUAUUCUUACGUGUAUCCUGUACGAGCUAUUCACUCUUCUCUAUUUACCCCUUUCACCACUAUAAAAAAAUUCCCUUUCUCGCUUUCUACAAAACCACUCUCAUCGGCAGACCACGGGGGCUAAGCAACAAAGGGAACAGUGCGGUUCGUGCCCAAAGUCCUGCAUCUCCUCGACGCCUCCCUACCCAGAGCCAGAAAUGAGCGCAAUGCCAACAUGAUGAGAUGGAAGAAAACCGUGCAGACUGUUCUGAUGAUGCCCUGUACGCGUGCGCCUACCCGUCGGAACUGCGCAACCUCAGGUUUACAAAAUCCCUGCAAGAACUGGAGGAAAUGUGCAGGAAGUUCCACGAAGGUCUCAGAUGUAUAAACGAAUAUGCGGCGAGGUGUCUGAAACCGCACCAGCGCGCACAUUUCAACACCCUCUAUUCUGGAACAAGCAUGGUUAUGCACGACUUGUGCACCCCCGGACCUUAUCAGACAGAGUUUUUGAAACACGUUGCUUGCAUGAGCAAUGUGACUGACCAAUAUGAACAUUGCGCUCGAGUCUACCAAGACAGCGUGAACGGAGCAAUGUCGGAAACCUAUUCUGAAGGGGAUAAACGCAUACAAAAAAUUUGCUGCUCCCUAUCUGAAUAUUUGAGCUGUUCGAAGUCCGUCGUUAGAGCCACAUGCGGCGAGGAGUCGGAGACUUUCGCCGGCGGUGUUUUGGACAAAAUGUCCAGCUCGAUAAAAGAGGCGCAUUGCAACAAUUUCACCUCGACCACUUGCGGCCGAGGAAGUCUUCGUUUCAUCAGCCAUUACCUUAUUGUUUUCGUACUAUUUUUACAACUUUUUUAUUAACCUAAGUUGGAAGAAAAAAAAUUGUUAUUACAAUGAGUUUGGUCAAGAUUUGCCGUCCAAUUCGGCGCAUGCCGCCCAUUUCGGUUUGUGUCCAGAGAAAUUAUUCACGAUUUUUCAUCUCGAUGUAUUGUACAAAUUUUCUGUACGAUAAAUUAUGUAAAAUAUUUAAUACGAUUUUAGUGAGUAUAUAAUCAUCGGCAGGUUUUUAUAGUCCGUAGGUCAUAGGGAAAUUUAAAAGGAUGGUCGAACAGAAGUUAAAUGUUUUAUUUCAGAUAUACUUGAUGGUCUAAUAGUGAUAAAACGUUUUCGUUUGUCUUUUCACGAAAUCCUGGAAAAACAAACAAAAACAAAAACUACAUUCCACAUCAUCAAACACUUCAAAGAUAAAACGUUUUGCUUUAUUUAUCUUUUCGUUUCGAUAUUAACCCCUAAAAUACUGUUAUUUUGUGAACGUUUAUCGGUUUCUUUUGUUAACAGAUUCCCUAUACAAGAUCGUAUUAAACAUAUAUAACACAUAUACACAACACAAAAUCAAAAAAUGGACAAAAUAUACACACAUCAAUAAAUUAAUUAACUUUAAUCCAUUUUUUUUUAAACAAAUAGUAUUCAACAAGCUGAAGUUUAAUUUUCAGUCACAAUCGUAGCUUUUAGAUAUAGAUAGUUAGCGGACAUUUUGGUCAGUAAUGUAAAUAAUAGUUGAUAUAGAGAAUUUGGGUAGUUUCAAAAGCUACUCCGUCCUUUACAGGUAUCAGUCAUCAGUGAUCUAACUCUACCGAUACCUGAAAAAUUGAGCGUUAUCAUUUUCUCGAAACAGAUAUUUAUAACCAGUUAUUUUGAUUGUUACUAUUUUAGGGUAUUUAUUAAUGAAAAGGAGUCAUGUUUAAUAAAAAAAUUUAAAAAAUUU